AUGUGUCUCCAGGGGGAGUGUCACAGUCUUUUUUUUUUUACCACGAAGGAGGUGAAGGUGCUGAUCGUGACCCUCCACAACCUCUUUCACCAGCAGGAAGGAGGCGACAAUCUGAUGGAGGUUAACCAAAGCGAUCGCUGCCUGCAGUUUUCCUGUCCACAGAGAUCUGUGUCUCCUUUCUAUGUGUUGCUUUAUUUGUGUGUAGCAGCUGUAGUUCUGCUAACAGUAUGCGGGAAUCUACUCAUCAUCAUCUCUGUGUGUCACUUCAAGCAGCUCCACACACCAACUAACAUGCUCAUCCUCUCUCUGGCUGUGUCCGACUUUCUGGUUGGACUGUUUGUAAUGCCGUUCCAUUUAAGUCGGAUGAUUGAAUCCUGCUGGAUUUUUGGAAUAUCUGUCUGUCUGUUUUAUUAUUUGAUCUCCUUUUUUGUCACAAGCAUAUCAAUAUAUAAUGUUGCUCUUAUAGCUGUUGAUCGCUAUUUUGCCAUCUCUAACCCUUUUCUCUACAUAGAAAAAGUAUCUGUAAGUAAAAUGUGCAUUGUGAUUUUGUCUAUGUGGAUUUUCUUAAUGUCUUAUAACUCUACACUGCUUUACUUUAAUGGAACUUCGACUGGUCUCAUAAUGUGUCCUGAGCAGUGCCUCUUUGUCUUACAUGAGGUUUGCUCUCUGAUUGAUCUUGUACUUGUUUUUGUUGUUCCCUGUUCUGCUAUAAUCUUAUUUUAUGCUUUGGUUUUUGUCAUUGCCAGGAAACACGCCACUGCUAUUAGAGAGAUUAAUGUUCAGAGUAAAGGCUCGAAGAGCAUGGCAGACUCAAUGAAAACUGAGAGAAAAGCAGCAAAAGUUCUCAGCAUUUUAGUGGCUGUGUUUCUGGCCUGUUUAUUUCCAUACUUUGUUUGUGCUACAGUAAGUAAUGCUAUUGAAUCACAGUCAUUUCCUAAUUUUGUGAUCCUUUUAUAUCUUAAUUCUACUAUUAAUCCAAUGAUUUAUGCUUUGUUUUACCCAUGGUUUAGAAAGUGUAUUAAAAUUAUUUUUACUCUUCAAAUAUUCAAAACAGGUUCUGCAUUGAUCAAUGUAAUGUCAAACAAUUCCUAA